AUGGUUCAGAUCAGCGAGGGGACGUUCAGCGUCGGGAACCAGAGCCUGUACACAAGGACCUGGCUGCCCGAUGGCGCUCCCAAGGCGAAGCUGGUCCUGAUACAUGGCUUCUCGGACCACGUCAACUUGUACAAUGACUUUGGCAACGCCAUGGCCAAGGGCGGCAUCGCCGUAUAUGGCUUUGACCAGCGUGGCUGGGGCAGGUCCGUCAAGAACCCGGCCGACCGCGGCAAGACUGGCCCGACGUCCAUGGUCAUCGCCGACAUGGUCGCCUUUAUCGAGCCCCUGCUCGACGACGGCAGCAACCUGCCCGUGUUCGUCAUGGGCCACUCGAUGGGUGGCGGCCAGGUGCUGACCCUUGCCAGCGACCGGACGUACGAGGAUAAGGUGGUCAGCCGGGUGCAGGGUUGGAUCCUCGAGGCGCCCUUCAUCGCAUGGCCGGCCGGCCAGGCGCCGAGCUGGCUCAAGGUGAACGUGGGUCGGUUCGCGGGCAAGUUCAUGCCGCACCGCCAGCUCGAGCACGUCAUUCCGCCCAAGGACCUCACGCGCAACCAGGAGGUCGUCAAGAUCCUGGAGGCCGACAAGCUGUGCCACAACCUCGGCACCCUCGAGGGUCUGGCGUCGCUGCUGGACCGGACCAUGGACCUCGCGUCGGGUAAGACUAAGCUGUGCCCGUCAGUCAAGGCUAUGUGGCUCGGCCAUGGUACCGCCGACAAGACAUGCGACUACCAUGCGUCCAGGAAGUUCUUUGACGAGCAGAAGGGGUUACAAGACAAGGAAUUCAGGACCUACGACGGUUGGUAUCACCAGAUUCACACCGAGCCGGACAGGGAGCAGUUUUUCCAACAUGUUCUUGAGUGGGUUUCCAAGAGGAUUCCUGGUCAAGAUGCGGCGAAGCCCGACGUUGAAGUUCCGGCUGGAUCCAAGCUGUAG